AUGGGCUCGAAUGCGAGUAUUAUGCUUCAACAAGAAGAUUUGCAGAAUAUAUGUCAACAGACAGGUUUUACAACCAAACAAGUACAACGUUUGUACAGUCGUUUUAAAGCAUUAGAUAAACGUGAUUGUGGAUUUUUGACACGUGAAGAUCUAUUGUGCAUCCCAGAAGUCAACAUUAAUCCGUUAGGAGAACGUUUGAUUGAUGUAAUCAUGGAAGAUUAUGGUGAAAAUAAUAAAAUUAACUUUAAACAAUUUAUUUUUCUUCUUGCUAAAUUUCGUCGUGGAAAAGCAAAAUCAUUAACAACCGAAUUCAAUACACGUGAGAGUAAACUAAAAUUUUUAUUCGAUGCAAAUGUAUGA